AUGAACACGACGCCGUUUCACUCGGAUCCUCCGCCGUCGAGGACCCAGCGGAAGCUCGUCGUCGAGGUUGUGGAGGCGCGCAAUAUUCUCCCCAAGGAUGGUCAAGGAAGCUCAAGCGCCUACGUCGUCGUCGAUUUCGAUGCUCAGAAGAAACGAACCUCCACCAAGUUCCGCGACCUAAACCCCAUCUGGAACGAGAUGCUCGAUUUCACCGUCUCCGACCCCAAAACCAUGGACUACGACGAGCUCGACGUCGAGGUCUACAACGACAAGAGGUUCGGCAACGGAGGCGGCCGGAAAAACCAUUUCCUCGGGAGGGUUAAGAUCUGCGGAAGCCAGUUCUCUAGAAGAGGCGAGGAAGGUCUCGUGUACUUCCCCUUGGAGAAGAAGAGCGUAUUCAGCUGGAUUCGCGGCGAGAUUGGGCUUAAGAUUUACUAUUACGACGAAGCCGCCGACGACGACACGGCGAUUGGGAACCAGCAACAACCGCCGCCGCAACAAGAAAUGGAUGAACAGUUUCCUCCGCCGCAGCAGAUGCAGAAUCUCCCGCCGGAGAAACCUAAUGUCGUCGUGGUGGAGGAGAGUAGGGUUUUCGAAUCGGCUCAGAGUCAUGGCGAUAUGCGCCGUAGCUACCCGGAAUCUCAGCAACCACCGAUGGUCACCGUCGAGGAGUCACCGCAACCGGCGAUGCAAGGUCCCGGUGAUAAUAACCAUCAUCCACGACCGCCGUCUCCGCCUCCUCCUCCGUCGCAUCCGUCGGGGGCGGAGGUACGUUAUUAUCCGCCGGAAGUGAGGAAGAUGCAGGUGGGGAGACCUCCCGGCGGAGACAGAAUCAGAGUCGCGAAGCGACCUAACGGGGAUUUCUCGCCGAGGGUUAUCAAUAGCAAAAUUGGAGGUGAAACGACGACGGAGAAGACUCAUCAUCAUCCCUACAAUCUCGUUGAGCCAAUGCAGUACCUCUUCGUCCGGAUUGUGAAGGCGCGUGGCUUAUCGCCUAACGAGAGCGCGUACGUCAAGGUACGCACAUCGAACCAUUUCGUCCGGUCUAAACCGGCCGUUAACCGGCCCGGCGAGUCAGCCGAUUCUCCGGAGUGGAAUCAGGUUUUCGCUCUCGGUCACAACAAAUCAGAUUCCGCCGCGUCCGGCGCGACUCUAGAGAUCUCCGCUUGGGACGCUUCGUCGGAGAGCUUUAUCGGGGGAGUUUGUUUCGAUCUCUCCGAGGUUCCCGUUCGUGACCCGCCGGAUAGUCCGCUCGCUCCUCAGUGGUACCGCCUCGAAGGCUCCGGAGCGGAUCAGAACUCCGGGAGAGUCUCCGGCGAUAUCCAGCUCUCUGUCUGGAUUGGUACUCAGGUUGACGAAGCCUUCCCGGAGGCGUGGAGCUCCGACGCUCCGCAUGUAGCUCACACUCGCUCGAAGGUGUACCAAUCGCCGAAGCUCUGGUACUUGAGGGUGACGGUUCUCGAGGCGCAGGAUCUCCACAUCGCUCCGAAUCUUCCGCCAUUGACGGCUCCUGAGGUCCGUGUGAAAGCUCAAUUGGGAUUUCAGUCGGCGCGUACACGACGAGGCUCCAUGAAUAACCACAGCGGAUCGUUCCAUUGGCAUGAAGAUAUGGUUUUCGUCGCCGGAGAGCCUUUAGAAGACUGCCUGGUUCUGAUGGUGGAAGACCGGACGACUAAAGAGCCAACGCUUCUAGGACACGUCAUGAUUCCGGUUAACUCAAUCGAGCAGCGAAUUGAUGAGCGCUUCGUGGCGUCGAAAUGGCAUCCAUUGGAAGGAGAAGGAGGAGGAGGUGGUGGUGGAGGAGGAGGGCCUUACUGUGGAAGGAUUAGCUUAAGGCUUUGUCUUGAAGGUGGAUAUCACGUGCUUGAAGAAGCGGCGCACGUGUGCAGCGAUUUCCGUCCGACGGCUAAGCAGCUCUGGAAACCGCCGAUCGGAAUCUUGGAGCUGGGGAUUCUCGGAGCUCGCGGGUUGUUACCGAUGAAGGCCAAAAACGGAGGGAAAGGCUCCACCGAUGCUUACUGUGUAGCUAAGUACGGGAAGAAAUGGGUCCGGACUCGAACCAUAACGGACAGUUUCGACCCGAGGUGGCACGAGCAGUACACGUGGCAGGUUUACGAUCCUUGCACCGUGUUGACCGUCGGCGUAUUCGACAACUGGAGGAUGUUCUCCGACGUCUCUGAUGAUAGACCGGACACUCGGAUUGGGAAGAUACGGAUACGAGUCUCAACGUUAGAGAGCAACAAAGUGUACACGAAUUCGUAUCCUUUACUGGUUCUGUUACCGAGCGGUUUAAAGAAGAUGGGUGAAAUCGAAGUAGCGGUCCGGUUCGCUUGCCCGUCGCUGCUGCCUGAUGUUUGCUCGGCUUACGGGCAGCCGCUUCUGCCACGUAUGCACUACGUGAGGCCUCUAGGGGUAGCGCAACAGGAUGCGUUGAGAGGAGCCGCGACGAAGAUGGUUGCAGCUUGGUUAGCUCGAGCAGAGCCACCGCUUGGACCGGAGGUGGUUCGGUAUAUGUUGGAUGCGGAUUCGCACUCGUGGAGCAUGAGGAAGAGCAAAGCGAAUUGGUAUAGGAUCGUUGGGGUUUUAGCUUGGGCUGUGGGUUUAGCUAAGUGGUUGGAUAACAUCCGGCGGUGGAGGAAUCCGGUGACGACGGUGCUGGUUCACCUUUUGUAUCUUGUUCUCGUUUGGUACCCUGAUUUGGUUGUACCGACGGCGUUCUUGUACGUGGUGAUGAUCGGGGUUUGGUAUUACCGGUUUAGACCGAAGAUACCUUCCGGUAUGGAUAUUCGGUUAUCACAAGCUGAGAGCGUUGAUCCUGAUGAGCUAGACGAAGAAUUCGACACCAUACCGAGCUCGAGGCGACCGGAAGUGAUUCGAGCUAGGUACGACCGGUUAAGGAUAUUGGCGGUGAGGAUUCAGACGAUUCUGGGAGAUUUUGCAGCGCAAGGGGAAAGGAUUCAAGCUUUGGUUAGCUGGAGAGAUCCGAGAGCGACUAAGCUGUUCAUAGCGAUUUGUUUGGCGAUCACGAUAGUCAUGUAUGUGGUUCCGGCGAAAAUGGUGGCUGUGGCUCUUGGGUUUUAUUAUCUCCGGCAUCCUAUGUUCCGGGACACGAUGCCUACGGCGAGUCUCAAUUUUUUCCGGCGGUUGCCAAGCUUGUCUGAUCGGCUCAUCUAA